GCCUGAUGUACUGCGACUCGGCCACAGUAUUGGAGGAAUGCGCUUUUGUCGCUCGCAGGGGGUGGAGUUAGAAAGUGAACGAGUGCUGCCUACCAAACAGAGAGGAGAAGGAGGAGAGAAAGAGAAAGGAGAGAGACGGGUGGGCAGGCUCCUCACCGUAAACGAUGGUUGUCGGAUAGAGUCUUGAAGACCUAAUGAAACUGGCUGGUUGAAUUGUUUGCAGCAAUUACAGAGCUCAGUGACCCCGCGUGCUUUGCAUCGCUCGGAUCCUUGGAAGGAAAAAAAAAAGAAACUGCAGCAGCACGCAGACAAGAAUAGUUUAUAAAAGAAGAGGACUUGCUUAAUAGCCUAUCUAUUAUUUUACCACCCUUCAUUUUCCUUCAGUAAGCCCGAUCACGUCAGCAGCACACAACUCUUUUCCAGCGGACAGGACCGUUUCAUGCCCGGAGGAAGACCGACCUCCCGCUUGGACCCAAUACCGGCCUCCCACACUCCUCUGACGGGCUCAGAAGCAGCAGUUCCCGGCAUUUGCUGGGAUGUUUGAGUCGCGUUGUUUGGUGGGGUGAAGGGACCGAGAGAGUGGCCGGAGAGACCAAAGGGACGGAGGCCGAGAGAGGAGCCGGGAGCAUGGCUCUGGUAGCACUGUCUCUCUGGGUGCUAACUAGUCUCACCUGGGCGGACCUGCUCCAGGUGUCAGCCAACAGACAUUCCGUUUACUGGAACAGUUCAAACAUACAUCUGCGUAGGGAGGGCUACACAAUGCAGGUGAAUGUUAACGACUACCUGGACAUCUACUGCCCUCAUUACAAUGACAGCCAGCGUAUGGUGGGCACCGGUGAGCAGUACGUCCUCUACAUGGUCAGUUACCGUGGUUACAGGAACUGCGACCCCCAGUUGGGCUUCAAGAGGUGGGAGUGUAACCGGCCCCACGCCCCCCACGCGCCCAUCAAGUUUUCGGAGAAGUUCCAGCGGUACAGCGCCUUCUCGCUGGGCUAUGAGUUCCACGUUGGACAGGAGUACUACUACAUCUCCACGCCCACCCAUCAUCACGGCCGCAGCUGUCUGAGACUACGAGUGUACGUCUGCUGCUCCACGGCCUCUGACGUGGAUGAUGAGCCAGAGCCUACAGAACCAGACUACACGCUUAGACCAGGCCUAAAAAUUGACGAUAUUGGUAAACAGUCCGUGUGGAGAGCAAAAGAGGCAGAACGCAUUGGGCGAAAUGCAAUCUUGAAUUUAUCGUCAUCAGACGAUAGCUGAUGGGUUCCGUGAUUGCUAGUCGGACUAUAAACAAUGACCGGCGCACAGAAGAGGAAAUCUUGCCCUGGAUAUCCUUUAUCCAUUAUCCGCUGGCUACACUGGAAGCCCCAAAAUAUUGGCCAUUGCACCCAGAGGCUAAAACGUCGUCAGACGAUAACCGAUGGGUUCUGAGAUCAGCUUUAGCUAGACAAACAAUACUUAGAUAGAUUCAUUGUUGAAGAAAGAAAGAAUAUAAAAAGACUACUAUGCCUGAUAUUUCCUGCAUUUACAGACAUUUGUAUCAACUUAGCCAACAACACUUAAAAUUGGUUUCAUAAUAAUGGUACUUUAACAAAUUAAUUCGAAAUGUUAAUUUAUGUAUUAUUAACUGAAAAUGAUAUUUAGAUUCAUGACCUGAAAAAUAAAGAUAAUAUAUUUGCAUCUUUAACCAUACAUCAAUUCUUAUUAUAAGAACACUGACCUCUACUGCCUUAUCCUUGAUUAAUGGUUUAUUUUGGUGUCUUUUUAGGAGAAUACUGUGUUUUCAAAUCGUCACUUCUUGUCAGACUGAAUUCAACCCUGGCUAGCUUCACCAAUCAGAUAGUCAAGACAGCCUGUAUCUAGCCCGACAGGCAAAAUCCAGGGCAUCAAAAAGUCCCCAAAGCACUCUGUGAGCACAUAUUGAUAUGGUGAACUAAAUGACCAAUUCAACAUUUUUAUUGACUCAAACCUUCUCUCAUUUGGAUUAUGACAGCUGAACAAUAAGAGGGCUGAGAGAGAGAUUGUAGAUAGUGGAAAUUACACACUUGUCUUUCCCUGGAAUUUGUUAACAAUAAGAAAAAUAUAGAAAAUCACUAGCCUUAUCCCUUAAAUACUGACAGCAGAUUGAUCGUUGAUAUGUGAUGGCAGAGUGACCAGUUCAUUGGCCAUGCAGCAUCAAAAGUGGCCAGCUAAAGUGAAAUGUGCCGUUUUCAAAAGAGACCUUCAGCACAGUUAACUUCACAGCACCAGCUGGCUUGGCAAGCUGCUGAUCCUGCUAAACAACUACAUGCAAAUUCAUUUCACACUCGCCGUUUUCACCCGGAUAAGUAAAGAACACAGAGUUUCAUCGUUAGUUAUCAAAAAAAACUUUCAUUCAGAAAAGGAAAGACAUGUUCAGUUUCCUGCAGUUAACUGCUAGAUCUUGGCAAUUGCUCCCAUAUUGCCCUUAUGUUGCUCUGCUCUCAUCAGGAUUAUAUAACUGGUGAAAUCAUGGGAAUCAUGGGAAUAAUGCUAAAACUGUUAGCACUGCAACUGUAUGAAAUUUAGCAGCUAAGGGAGAAGCUGAAAUCAACCAGUGACAGACUUUAUGAUAAUCUCUCAGAUGAUCAUGUGGUUACUUCUCAGUGUUAUGGCAACAACAGCACAGCAGCACAAUAACAACAUGUACAGUACAGCUAGCUUGCCCUAGCUAUCUGCCACCCAUUACACAACCAGACGUGUGAGUAUCAAUCAUCGUCCUGUCUUGCUUUAGCACUCUUUUCCAAGGUAGCCUGUAAAAUAUGGGUGUGUGUGUGUGUGCGCACACACUCGCCUGCGUGUGCUUGCGUAAUAAAUCAGUCUGUUCUCAUAACUGUCAUAAGAAAACUCAUCACUGGCUACAGCGAAUGGCUGCAGGUCAUAUGAGUUUGUUGAGAUACCUCUCCCUCUCUUAUUUUUCCUCCCUCCAUCAUUCUUUCAUCUCGUUUCUCUCUCACUCCAUCUCCUUUCUCCAUGCCCUCCUCAUCCUCCCACCCUUUAAUUCCCAACCUCCAUUUUUCCUCCCAGAGUACAAGUAGGAAUGCAAUGGAGGGGAAAGCCACCAAAAUCCAGUUUAUUCACCUUUUGAUGUGUGAAAUUGAGUUUUUCCCUCUUUUAACAUUUUUUCCCAAAAUAAUAUUAAUCUUAGGGUUAUAGUAUGCAUUAAUGCUAUCACAGUGAUGUAAACCAUAUUAAAAUAGAGAAAUAAUUCUAUUCCAUAAUUAUUUUGUUUUAUUUCCUCAUGGUAAGCAUAGAUUGGAGUCAGUUCACGCAAACUUUUGUUUGCCACUAUGUCACUGAGCAAUACAUAUACAUUCUCACCACAUAUCCUCACUACUUGUGUGUCUUCCUUCCUUUCCUGCAAUUAUUUGUAAACACACAUGCAAAAGAUGCUCAUUUCAAUAACAGAAAAAUAUCCACUUUUACUUUUAUUUAAACACAGUAAGUACGUAAUUACAAGUUUCACAGAAGAAUAUACAGAAAAGCAACAGUUAAUUCCACAGAAGAAUAGUUGUAUUGAAUGUUCUUGAACAGAUAAGGAAUGUGGACUACAUGAAAAUACUGUUAAUAUUUAGCGAACAGCUGACACAAUAGCAGAGCGCAAAUUGCCGCAGCUCCUAUGGGUCAUUUUCACCUGUAGUUCUGUGUUGCCAAUUAAAUUAAUAGGAUAACCCAAGUGGUGCAAGAGGAAGUGAGGAAAUCAGCAGGGAGCUGUGAAAUGAACUGAAAACAAAGAAGCAGUACAGUUUCCUAUUCCCCUCCCUCGUUCUCACUCCUCCUGACUGCCAAUUAGACUCAUCACAACAUAGUUUUAAUUACCGUUAUUCAAAGUUCACAUCAGCACAUUCACACAAACACAAGGCAACACACAAACUGCUCAGUUCAAAUCUGCCUGAUUACCGUGUCUGAAAAUGUUUAACUAAGCUGAAUGUUGCAGGCUCAUACUGUAAACCACCCGUUUCUCUCCCCUUCACUGCUCACAGUUUAUUUCCUGGGCGCUGCCCCUUUCAAUCAGUGUCUACAGCUCAACAGUGGUUCCCUCCUGAAUACGGCCUCUAGUAUUAGAUUUCAUUUAGAUCUCAUUUACAACACAGAUGGAAUGGUGCUAGCAGCUCCCCAUGCAGUCAUGUGAUUACUGAUGGCUUUCAGUGGGAGGAUUCUCAUUUACCCACCCUGCUGGCUCAGGUUACUGCAUCUGACGAUCAGGUCCGGCCAUUAGUGAAGAAAAUCAGAAGCUUUUUCUUUAAUGGGGUUUAUUGGAGCAAUUGCCACUCCUUUUAAGCUAGAGUGUGUUUGGAUUGCUUUGCCAGCAACAUCAGGUUGAGUAUCAGUGAAAAGAACACAGCACAAACUGAAUGUCACCUCUCUUUUUAUAACAUUUAUAGAAACAGUUUUGUUAUAUGGUUUAAUUCCAUCAGUUCAAAAUAUCCCAUAAGAAGGUCUGGGAAUCACACAAUAUAUAUGUUGGAAAAUGUGUAAUUUAUUAACUUCUUUGUAAAGUUUUCACAUUUGUGUAUUUUAGCUUGUAGCAUUAUGACUGCUCAUAUAGAUUUUAUACAUUAUACAAAUAUAUACUUUGUACAUGCUCAUUUAAUACCACAUGCUCAUUACCAGGGGAUCCACUGAUAUUUAAAAGAGUAGAGUUACUACAAAACAGGACAUUGUUGUAGUUUCAAACAUCCUGUUUUUAGGUAUCAAGAAAUCAAGGUGUGCCAGCUGGUUGCUCAGAUGCAUCAAUUAGACUGAUGAUGUCACAACCCUAAACUGCUUCUUAUGCUGCGUUCCUGACAACUCGGGAACUCGAAAAAUUUCCGACCUCCUACUAGAAAAAGUACAAUGCAACGCCACUUAAAGUCGGAGUUCCUACUUGUGAACUCGUAGCAAAUUUAUCUACCCCGACUUGAAGAAGCAGUUGUCUGACGCCACAUAACAAUGGCAGCACCAUGGAAGCGCACAUUAGGCUACAUUUCAAUCAAUAGGGGAGAGGGGUAGGAUGUAUUUGUAGACUACAGUAUUAGGCAAGUGAAUGGAAUAUGAAGAUACGUUUCCGAGUAUAAAAGUGCCAUAAAAUAAUAUGUAUAAUGGCGUCUGUUCAUGCGUCGUUGUUUCAUCCUCUGUUUCAUAUAUAUAGAUAUAUAUAGCCAUAUUCAAUAUAAAUGUGUGUGAAAGUGGCCACAAUCUUGUACGCCAAAUUAAAAUUCUAACAUAUUUUAUGUUAGAAAAGUAUGACAUACUGUAUACAUUGUAUUACAUAUAUAUUUUGUUGUAUUUUAACCACUACAGUUGAUGGCUCCUGACAAACAUACACACACACACACACACACACACACACUUGCCCGCUGUCUCACUGUCACAAAAAAUAAAAAUAAUUAUUGCAUGUGAUAUACAACGUGACCUUCUGACAUGUUCCCGAGCCAAACAUCAGCUCACUAGAGGAAGCUGUGUGUUUGUGUGUGUGUGUGUGUGUGUGUGCGUGUGUGUGUUUCAUGUUCUUAUAUCCUGGUUGGGACUUUAACCUGAAUGCACACUAAACCAUGGGGGCCUGUGUUACCGUGGGGACAAAAAUUGAGGUCCCUAUGGGUCGAGAGUUUGAGGGUUAAGACUUGGUUUUAGGGUACAGGUCACAAUUAGGUGUGUGUGUGCGUGCGUGCCACAUUUUGGAGCAGAAAAAGCAGGCUGCAGCUGCCUGAUAAUUAGAUAGCUCAGACACCUAGAGGCGUCUAUGAAAUUUUAUGUCAUGUUGACAAGAACAAGGAGAUAUCUUAGUCUCAGAUUGUGUUUAUGAGAGUAUCUGUGUGUGUGUGUGUGUGUGUGUAAUGAGGUGAUUAGUAGAGCCACACUUUAGAACCAGUUUUGCGAGAUGCUCUGCUGUUUGUGUCUUCAAAACCACAUUCCUCUGUCAGUCAGCGCCAAAGUGUCCUGACCCCUCAGCUGCAUGCUCGGUUACAGAGCGGUCAAAGCAUUUAACCUGAGCUCCACUGCUGCAUAGACCUCAUUAGAUUGGCCAGCAGAGCAUACCAGAAGAGGCCAUCUCUAAAACCAGGUGUCAGCCAGUCAUUACUCUGCAGUCUGACCCACAGAGCAGCUGGAAAUAUUCUAGAGUUAGAUACGGCGCCGAGUGGAAACACUGAGAAAAUCCCCACUUCACUUCACACAAUAGUUCAGCAAUAGCCGUCCUGUGUAUAGACAGAAAAUUGUACUUCUGUCUGGUCUUCAGUCUCAUUAAUCAAGUGACUACAGAGGGUGUGUCUGGCAGAUCUGGCCGCACGUGUGUCUCAUAAGUGUAGGCAUGCAGUGAACCGUCUGGUGGCUCGUGUUUUUGUACAUCGACUAGACAUCAACGCUCAGUGUGUAGCCCGCAACAAAAGACCGCAAACUAUUUUUAGGACAUCACCAGGUGUACGUGGUGGGGGGUUGGGGCGGGGGUUACAGUAUAUAAAGUGUGUCUGUGUGUAAAAGUAUGCAAGUGUGUGACUGGGAAUGUGUAAUUUUAUUAAAACAAUAGGAGCUCUCUGAUAACAGCUGCAGCAGUCUGCCAUGGCACUGCUGUUGUGUUGUAUUUGUAGCAGACUUACCAUGUUUUAGUGGGAGUGUGACUCUGCUGUAAGCUGCCUUUUGUUCAGUCAGUCUGUUUCAUUAAAACAUUUGGUCAUGUUUUAGUAAAAGCUGUGCUGUGUAAGCAGAUUAUAGCACAAUUAGAAGCAUAGAUAAACUUGUCUUUUUUCCUUAAUUUCCUUUUAAGUUUUUCAAGUGUGGAAUAAAACCUGCUAGCAAACUGCUAGCACUGUAAUGAAUUUAUGAAUUUAUAUAAAAACACAGUCCCUCAUUCAUUCUUUCUCUCUGUCUCUGUU